GAAAGAUUCAUGACUUGUAUUCCAUUUUCACCCUUUGUGGAGUGGUGUAUAAAUAGAGGUGUGCUUAAUGUUGAUUAUUGGCAUUGUAUUGCAGGAACACUUUUCAAUAGGUGCAAAGAGUAAUUCUAAAAAUUUGACAUUCUUUGGAUAUAGCAAUGAGCGUCAGUGGCUCUACAGCAGGUUCUGGUAGCAGAACAAGUCGAACAUCGUUUGAAUUUGGAAGGACUCAUGUUGUUAGGCCCAAAGGAAAGCAUGAGGCAACUAUUGUUUGGCUACAUGGUUUAGGUGAUAAGGGUUCAAGUUGGUCCCAGCUUUUUGAAAGCCUUCCACUUCCUAAUGUCAAAUGGAUUUGCCCAACUGCUCCUACUCGUCCUGUUGCUGCCUUUGGUGGUUUUCCCUGCACUGCUUGGUUUGACGUAGGAGAUAUUUCAGAAGAUGCUCCUGAUGAUUUGGAUGGCUUAGAUUUUUCUGCGGCACAUAUUGCAAAUCUCUUAUCAACAGAACCAUCUGACGUUAAAUUAUGUGUUGGAGGAUUCAGUAUGGGAUCUGCAGCUGCUCUUUAUUCAGCCACGUGCCAUGCAUUCAAGCAAUAUGGUAAUGGAAGUCCUUAUCCACUGAACCUGAGUGCAGUUGUUGGCCUUAGUGGCUGGCUUCCUUGUUCAAGGACAUUAAGGAACCGAAUGCAAGGAAUGAAUGAUGCUGGAAGACGUGCAGCAGCCUUGCCAAUUUUGCUGUGUCAUGGCACUGGUGAUGAUGUUGUGGCAUAUCAACAUGGAGAAAAAUCUGCAAGAAUUUUAAGCUCAUCCGGCUUUCAGAAUCUAACAUUUAGGAAUUAUCAGGGGCUUGGUCACUACACAAUUCCUGAAGAGACUGAUGAAGUUUGUCGCUGGCUGGCUGCAAAUUUGAGUCUUGGGGGGACAUGAAAAAUAGUUACUGAAGCUAUGGUAUACGCGAUAUACACGAAAAAUAACAGCCAUAGUAUAUGAACAGCUAGCCUAGGGAGAGUGGUUCAUGGUAUACUUUCAUUAUUGUGCAUCCUAUUAUUGUCUAUUAGUCUGUUGUAUUGGUAAAAAAUAAAUCAAUUGUGGCUAUGCAAGUUCUUACAAUUUUGAUUUUU